CCAUCUACUCAGGAUCUGUGAGCAGGAGGUGUCUUAGAAAUCCCAGCUAGGCGGGCAGGAGCCAGGAGAAUAGCUACAAUGACCUCAGCAGUCCUGGUGGACAUACAAGAGGAGGUGACCUGCCCCAUCUGCCUGGAGCUCCUGACAGAACCCCUGAGCAUAGACUGUGGCCACAGCUUCUGUCAGGCCUGCAUCACGGGGAACAGCACAGAAUGGGUGAUAGGCCAAGAAGGGGAAAGCAGCUGUCCUGUGUGCCAGACCGGCUACCGGCCCGGGGACCUGCGGCCGAAUCGGCACCUGGCCAACAUCGCAGAGAGACUCAGAGAGGUGGUGUUGGGCCCCGGGAUGCAGCUGAAGGCGAGUCUGUGUGCACACCAUGGAGAGAAACUCCAGCUCUUCUGCAAGGAAGAUGGGAAGCUCAUCUGCUGGCUUUGUGAGCGGUCUCAGGAGCACCGUGGUCACCACACAGUCCUCAUGGAGGAGGUUGCCCAUGAGUACCAGGAGAAGUUCCAGGAGUCUCUGAGGAAGCUGAAGCAAGAGCAGCAGGAAGCCGAGAGACUAAAAGCUGUUAUCAUAAGGAAGAGGACAUCCUGGAAGAAUCAGAUGGAACCUGAGAGACACAGGAUCCAGACACAGUUUAAUAAGUUGAGAAGCAUCCUGGACAAAGAAGAGCAGCGACAGUUGAAAAAGCUGGAGGAGGAAGAGAGGAAGGGGCUGAGUAUUUUAGAAGAGGCUGAGGAUGAGCUGGACCAGCAGAGCCAGUCACUGAGGGAGCUCAUCUCAGACCUGGAGCUUCGGUGUCAGGGGUCGGCAAUGGAGCUGCUGCAGGAUGUGAGUGAUGUCAUGAAAAGAAGUGAGUUCUGGACCCUAAAGAAGCCAGAAGCUCUGCCCACCAAGCUGAAGAGUAUGUUUCGAGUCCCAGAUCUGAAAAGGAUGCUGCGAGUGUUUAGAGAACUGACGGAUGUCCAGAGCUACUGGGUGGACGUGACUCUGAAUCCACACACGGCUAACUUAAAUCUUGUCAUGUCUAAAAACCGGAGACAAGUGAGAUUUGUGGGUGCCACGCUGCCUGGGUCUUACCUGGAAGAGCAUUAUGACUGUGGUAUCCUGGGCUCCCAACAUUUCUCCUCUGGGAAACACUACUGGGAGGUAGAUGUGGCCAAGAAGACUGACUGGAUCCUGGGGGUGUGCAGUAAUUCAGCGGAACCCACGUACUGUUUCAACCAGUUUACGAAUAAUCGAAAUGUUUACUCCAGAUAUCAACCUCAAAGUGGAUACUGGGUGAUUGGGCUACAUCAUAAACAUGAAUAUAGAGCCUAUGAGGAAUCUUCCACUUCCCUGCUCCUCUCUAUGAUGGUGCCCCCUCGCCGGGUUGGGAUUUUCUUAGACUAUGAGGCUGGCACUGUCUCCUUUUAUAAUGUCACAAACCAUGGCUUUCCCAUCUACACCUUCUCUAAAUAUUACUUUCCUAGCACCCUUUCUCCAUAUUUUAAUCCCUGCAACUGUGUGGUCCCGAUGACCCUGCGUCGCCCAAGCUCUUGA